UACCACAUUUCACGAGGAAAUGUAACCAUAGACGAGUUAUCUGACCAGUUGAAAGACAUUUAUCUAAAGGAAAGAAAGGCUUUCAAGUUGCGUCUAUCUCUGGGAUUAGUGCUGAGUCACCGUGAGACUGGAGAGUUGCGCUACUUUUAUCCCCACAAUAACGAAUCAGUUCUAUCCGAAAUCAUACUUAUUAGUAAUGAAGAAGAUUUAGAACAAGUCAUUAAAAAAUUGAGGGAGAUUGAUUUUGAGGGGGAAGUUUGGCGUUACCGCCCCGAUACUAAAUGGCUCCCCUACAGGAUCACUAACACUCGAGAAGUCACAGAAAAAGAAAAGAAACAAGCUGUCUGUUUUCCAACGGAACUCCCUCUCUUUGAAGAUACCUUCCAGAUUAACAUCAAUGUUUACAUGCUCGAAGAAGAUGGAAAAGUGGAAAGAGUGUAUAAUUCCACCAAGAAGUUUGAGGAUACCAUGAACCUGAAUAUUUAUAACAGACACCUGAGCUAUAUUAAGAACAUGGAAAUGUACAGCCGAAAGUAUGGCUGUAGGAACUGUGGCAAACUAUUUCAUAAAAGUACAUUUUUGAAGCGUCAUGAGACAUCUUGCAGCAAGGCUUCCAUCUUGAAGUUCCCUGGAGGGUAUUACAAACAAGAUAAAAAUUUGUUCGAAUUACUGGACUCGUUUGGCAUCAACAUUCCAGAUGAACAACGAUACUAUCCCCAUGUUUCCUGUUUUGAUUUCGAAGCUUUACUGGCCACUGAUCACGAAAUCAGCAACACCAAGAAAAUCAAAUGGUUGGCGGACCAUCAACCUGUCUCCGUCUUACUUUGUAGUAAUUUGGAAGGUUACAAAGAUCCUCACUGUAUCAUCAACCCAGAUCUGGAUGGUUUACUUGAGGACAUGUUUACAUAUUUAGAAAAAUCCAAACUGCUGCUGCUAGUCAUAUGUUUGAUCGAUUAGGUUGGAUCUUUGAAAAAAUAGAUGAGGAGCUGGAAAAAUUAAACGAAUUUGACCAGGACGAUGAGAAAGUGCAAAAACUGUUAAAAAAGCCAUGGUUGAACUUGAAAGAAAAACAAUUCACUUUUAUGUAAAUUGUAUGUCAGAAAAAAGCAUCAAAAUACAAUUGGAAUGGUCUCUAGUGUAACUAUUUCAACAUCAAUUGAAAUUUAAAAUUCAGUCAUUACUUGGUAUAGAAUAAU